AUGUCGCUGAAACAGCUCGAGAUCAUGAUCCCUCAGCUGCUUCGUCGGCAUCAAAAGUCACUGCAGGAUCAGACGAUAUCCGAGGACUUGCGCAGGUCCCUGGUUAUUGUGCAAUGGGCAGCACACAUCUAUUGGACGUCGUUUGGGACCGGGUUUCUCAUACCGCCCUCAAACUCCAAGCCAUCUGUCGACGCCCCAUAUGCUGUGGAAAGCUGGCAACACCGCCUCACGGAUUGGACACCAUAUCCCUUGCAGCGAGAGACAGUUCAGUUGCCGCUUCAUGCUCUUUAUCAUCACGUAUGCGAGCUGUACCUGAUAGUGCCGGACGCCCAGGCUCUGGCUUUCGCGGGUUACGCUACCAUGAAUGCCGCCGAAAAGCUGGAUGCAGCUCGCACGAUCGAUGCCCGAUUCAUGGAGUGGUACGGGGCGCUACCUCCUCACUUCCAAUUCGAACAACCAGAUUUCCUUGUUGUGCCGACGACCAUUGAUCUGGCGUCGAGCCUAUAUCAUUUCCGCUUGAUGAUGUGGAACUGGAUGAUCCCAUCAGUUAAAGCAGCCCCCAAAGGCAACGACGAUACCAAUGAUCGAGCUGGGACCCCCAAACGCCACGAAACCGACAAGAUAAUCCGCGAAGCCAAGGAGACGUGUCUGGAAAUCGUGUCGAUGACGACCCGGAUCCUUGCGACUGCGGACGCCGCCUUCGGCCCCAUCUUCAACACCCUCCUGACUGCACAGACAGCCAUCCUUGCGGCUAGUUUCCUCUUGUCCGGCAAUCUCACCUCGGUCAGCGAGGAGGGUAUGCUGCUACAGAUCAUCCAUAUCCUCGUGAGGUGCUCCAGGCAGCGCAAUCUGGUCAAAGGCGUCACCCACAUGUUACUGAAGACUGCCGAAGACCAACUUGCUGCUAACAAGGACGGAGAAGUUCCUGCAGGGGGUGUCAGUAAAGCAGUGGUCGAACAGCUAGGUAUCAUAGUGAAAGAUCUUGCUUGGGAAAAACGAGACCAUCUUUCGUUCAGCUCGCAGUAUCCGAACCACGUCAUGGUGAAGGAGGAUCCGGAUGUCCAGCUCAGUCAGUUGCUUGAGAGCUGGGCCGACUUGGCCUUAGAUGAAGGAGACCAGCCUGUUCACGCAAGUGUUGAUCACGGCCAGGAGGAAGGAGACAGGGGAAAGGGUUGA